AGGGGCGGAGGAAGGAGACUAGAGCAGGAAGAACAGCGGUUAGGCGGUGGUGGCUGAGUCGGUGGUGGCAGAGGCGAAAGCGACAGCUCCAGGCGGCGGCAGCGGCGCCGAGAGCAGGAUGCGGGUCCAGGUGGGGCUGACGCUGCUGCUCUGUGCGGUGCUGCUGGGCACGGCCUUGGCUAACUCUGAUGAAGAAGGCGGCCAGGAUGAAUCCUUAGAUUCCAAGACUUCUUUGUCAUCAGACGAGUCAGUAAAGGACCACAGCACAGGAGGCAGAGUUGUAGCUGGUCAGAUAUUUCUUGAUUCAGAAGAAUCAGAAUUGGAAUCACCUAUUCAAGAGGAGGAAGACAGCCUCCAGAGCCAAGACGGGGAAAGUGUCACAGAAGAAAUCAGCUUUCUAGAAUCUUCGAGUCCAGAAAACAAGGAUUAUGAAGAACCGAUGAAAGUACAGAAACCAGCUUUGACUGCCAUCGAAGGCACAGCACAUGGGGAGCCCUGCCACUUCCCUUUCCUCUUCCUGGAUAAGGAAUAUGAUGAGUGUACAUCGGACGGGAGGGAAGACGGCAGACUGUGGUGUGCUACGACCUAUGACUACAAGGCAGAUGAAAAGUGGGGCUUUUGUGAAACUGAAGAAGAGGCUACAAAAAGACGGCAAAUGCAAGAAGCAGAAAUGAUGUACCAGACUGGGAUGAAAAUCCUCAAUGGAAGCAAUAAGAAAAGCCAGAAAAGAGAAGCAUAUCGGUAUCUUCAGAAGGCAGCAAGCAUGAACCAUACCAAGGCCCUGGAGAGAGUGUCAUAUGCUCUUUUAUUUGGUGACUACCUCACCCAGAACGUCCAGGCGGCGAAAGAGAUGUUUGAGAGGUUGACUGAGGAAGGCUCUCCCAAGGGACAGACUGCUCUUGGCUUUCUCUAUGCCUCUGGGCUUGGUGUUAACUCAAGUCAGGCAAAGGCCCUUGUAUAUUACACUUUUGGAGCUCUUGGGGGCAACCUAAUAGCCCACAUGAUUUUGGGUUACCGCUACUGGGCCGGCAUCGGAGUCCUCCAGAGCUGUGAAUCGGCACUGACUCAUUACCGCCUCGUUGCCAAUCAUGUUGCUAGUGACAUCUCACUGACAGGGGGCUCAGUAGUGCAGAGAAUACGGCUGCCUGAUGAGGUGGAGAAUCCAGGAAUGAACAGUGGAAUGCUAGAAGAAGAUUUGAUUCAGUAUUACCAGUUCCUGGCUGAAAAAGGUGAUGUACAAGCACAGGUUGGUUUGGGACAGCUGCAUCUGCACGGGGGGCGUGGAGUAGAACAGAAUCAUCAGCGAGCAUUUGACUACUUCAAUUUAGCCGCGAAUGCUGGCAAUUCACACGCUAUGGCCUUCUUAGGAAAGAUGUAUUCCGAGGGAAGCGACACUGUGCCUCAGAGCAACGAGACGGCUCUUCACUACUUCAAGAAAGCUGCGGACAUGGGCAACCCAGUUGGACAGAGUGGGCUUGGAAUGGCUUAUCUCUAUGGAAGAGGGGUUCAAGUUAAUUAUGAUCUGGCACUGAAGUAUUUUCAGAAAGCUGCCGAACAAGGCUGGGUGGAUGGACAGCUACAGCUUGGCUCUAUGUACUAUAAUGGCAUUGGAGUCAAGAGGGAUUACAAACAGGCCUUGAAGUAUUUUAAUUUAGCUUCUCAGGGAGGCCAUAUCUUGGCUUUCUAUAACCUGGCACAGAUGCAUGCCAGUGGCACAGGCGUGAUGCGAUCCUGUCACAAUGCAGUGGAGCUGUUUAAGAACGUCUGUGAGCGGGGCCGCUGGGCCGAGAGGCUCAUGGCAGCCUACAGCAGCUAUAAAGAAGGCGCCUGCGAUGCCGCGGUGGUCCAGUACCUCCUGCUGGCCGAGCAAGGCUACGAAGUGGCCCAGAGCAACGCGGCCUUCAUCCUCGACCAGAGGGAAGCAACCAUUGUGGGCGAGAACGAAACGUACCCCCGAGCUCUGCUGCACUGGAACCGGGCUGCCUCUCAAGGUUACACCGUGGCUAGAAUUAAGCUUGGAGACUACCAUUUCUAUGGAUUUGGCACUGACGUGGAUUACGAAACUGCGUUUAUUCAUUACCGUCUAGCAUCUGAGCAACAACACAGUGCACAGGCGAUGUUUAACCUGGGAUAUAUGCAUGAGAAAGGACUGGGCAUCAAACAGGACAUCCACCUCGCGAAACGUUUCUAUGACAUGGCAGCGGAGGCCAGCCCCGAUGCACAAGUGCCCGUCUUCCUAGCGCUCUGCAAGUUGGGCGUCGUCUACUUCCUGCAGUACCUGCGGGACACAAAUGUUCGAGAUAUGUUCACCCAGCUUGACAUGGACCAGCUUCUGGGGCCGGAGUGGGACCUUUACCUCAUGACUAUCAUCGCGCUGCUCUUGGGAACAGUCAUAGCUUACAGGCAGAGGCAGCACCAAGACGUGCCUGCACCCAGGCCGCCGGGGCCACGGCCAGCACCGCCGCAGCAGGAGGGGCCGCCAGAGCAACAGCCGCCACAGUAACAGCCUCCGUGUCCAGCCCUGGUCAGUGACAAGCAAGGAAAUUGUUUGCAGAGAACACCUACCUGCAUUUGAUUUGGGACUUUGGAUCAGUGGCCACCUCCCGGAAGAGGCACAAGGAAGCAUUGAAUUCCUAAAGCUGCUUAGAAUCUGAUGCCUUUAUUUUCAGGGAUAAGUAACUCUUACCUAAACUGAGUUGAAUGUUUCAAUGCCGUUUGGAAUAACAACUCACAAUGGCUCUCCCUUUUUUUGUUUCCUGGAAACAUGUGAGACACUCAAAGUAAUGUCUGCUGUCUCCACCUAUCUUUCCUGGGUCCUUUCAGUCCUUCUCUCAGUGUGCGUAAGUUCUCCGAUCAACCUUCUUUAAGGACUUGUGCAUCGACACUAACGCCUAAUCUGUAUGAAAAGGAAGCCCCGGUUAGUUGCAAGUUUAACCUUAACAUGUUUGGAAAGUCUGAAACUAGAACUUGCCUUUUAAGUUAAAAAAAAUCGUCAAAGUAUAUCAGAAUAAUGCCCAAACAGAAACGUUUACCAGUCCGUAUGCAAGUAUACAGAUUCAGCAUCUUUGUUGUUUUGAAAGGGAAGGAAGGGAAGUUUCUGAUCGUUGGUCAUUGUCGUGGUUUACACCAUGCUUCUCUCCUUCCAAGAUGGAAAGGCCUUGUUAGAGUUGUAUGUGAACUUCAUUUCUUUGGAAUGGAAUACAUAGAAAACAUUGUGAACUGACUCCAGGAGCUAACGUGUGCAUUUGCCCCACCUGCUUAAUGUGAUUUGUUAAAUGUUUUGACUAUGCAGAGCCUUGAUCUGGAAGCCAGAGGAUGGACUAGAUGGGAGAAAUUAGAAAACAAUAUUGCAGAACCCUGCAUGGGGUACCAAGAUCGUAGACGUACUUUCCCAAAAGUUGAAGCAUUUGUUACCAGGAUUUCUUUAGUUUGCAUUUCGUUUUGCAAAAGAACAAGUCGCCCUCCUGAGUUCUCUAGUACGAAGCACCGCUGCCCGAGUCCGGCCUGCAGUGCCCCCGUCACUGCACUAGAGCGGCACCAGGUACUAAAACAGACAGGGAGUCUGAGACGUGUGACGCGCAGCGGCUGCGGGAGGCCAAAGCCUGUUCAUACUGUUCAGGUAGAUUUUCGUUUCUGCUGUUUGACGUUACAGUAGAAAGUCAUUUGCUUAGCUGUCCUGUUCACCACACUCCCACUGUGAGCCCAGGAAAAUUAAGGCUAUUACACUUGAGAACUGUCUGGGUAAAUUGUAGGGAAAACAGUAGUGAAGAAAAGCUCAAGAACGUCACAUACCAUACAAAUGAAAAAAAUAAACCGGAAUUUGCAUUUCUCUUCAUUGUCAGGUGUGGGGAUUCACCAGCCUGUCUUUAGACUAAAGCGACAUUUGUAGGUGAGCGGGGCUUUCUAGGCCUUUGACCGCAGUCUGUUUAACCUUUUUACUCUCUUUCUAUAGUCCCUCAUCUGCCAGGAGACUUGAAGAGUUUACGACCUGUAGAGUUGUAAGACUCUGGUUCUCGCAGUUGGGAUUGUGUUUAGAACUAGAUUUAAUUAGUCUAUAAUGAACAUGAAGGCUUUAAAUGUGAAGUUGUCUGCUUUGGUUGUUUAGAGUAUUAUGAGAAACCCGGUGAGCAAAAUUUCCUCCCGGAUAAUCGCUUCCAAAUUUGAAAAGGUGGUCAUAGCAAGAACCCUAUGUCCAAAAGCACAUCUGAAGGGUAGGAAAUAUUACCCUCAAAAAGUAUAAUGCUGUUAAGGGCAGCUCUUGUAAAUAUUACGGCCUGUUUGGUCUCUUGCACUGAGAUGCGAGAUUUGUGUGCGGUUGAUGGGCUCCGGGGGUGCCCUCCCGCCUCUCCCCCCUGCCCUUCAGUCAGCACGACCCUUGGUAGCAGUUACUCUUCAUUUCGAAGGAAUUGUUUUCAUUGAUUUAAAGUUGAAAAUCUCUAAGAUGACUAAAGUUCCCUUUUUUCCCUCUACCAUCCACCUGGUUUCUUCUUCGGCAGCAUUUUUAUCUACCUUUACUUCCCUCCAUCAGUACCUUGAAAAAAUAUGGCAGAUAACUGCACUACUACCAAAAGCUGGGUGGGGAAGGGCAGGCUUGUUCUUCAUGCAAUAACUCACUUCCUGUCGGUUCGCCACUUGCCAUGCCCUUUUUAUGACUAAUAUUCCAAAUAUCCCUUUCCCAGCUUUUUUCCACUUCCUGAUUUACCCUGGCUCUUUUGCUACUGGAAAUUUGAAUGGUGUAUUUAAAAUAACUUAGUUCCUGUGACUUCAUGACGCCAGUCCUGUGACUGUCUCAAAAUACCCUGCUCCCACCCUGGUCGGGUCGCUCAGUUAGUUGGAGCAUUGUCCCAUACACCAAAAGGUUACAGGUUCAAUCCCUGGUUGGGGCACAUAUGGGAGGCAACUAAUCGAUGUUUCUCUCACAUCAGUGUUCCUCUCCCUCUGUAAAAAAUCAGCCCUGGCUGGUGUAGCUCAGUGGAUUGAGCGCGGGCCUGCGAACCAAACAACUGUGGUUCAAUUCCCAGCCAGGGCACAUGCCUGGGUUGCAGGCCAGUUCCCAGCAGGGGACUCAUGAGAAGCAACCAUACACUGAUAUUUCUCUCCUUCUCUCCUUCCCUUGUCCUCUAAAGAUAAAUAAAUAAAAUCUUUUAAAAAAAUCAAUAAGCUUACCCUCAGGUGAGGAUCAAACAAAAAACAAAACUCUUUUCAUGAUACCUAAGCAAAUAGGGACUGGGUUUGAUGUUUCUCCUAACUAAAAUAAUGCUCGAUACUUAACCUAAUCAAAUGGCAUCCAUUUGAAUAAAAUGACAGUAACUAAAGCUAGUUAAUGUCAGUGACAUUAAACUAACUCCAGGAUUCAGGAGUUCUGAUGUUAGCUUUCCGAGUUAGCGGCUAGAGCGCGGCUUCACCUCCCCUCGGCAGUCCGUCUUCCCUGCCUGUUCUCUGGCCUGCCUGCCCGCCUGCCCGCCUGCCGUCACAGGCGCCGCCAGGAGCAGCUCCCCACGUGGGUGACCCUUGUGUAGUCCACCGUUUCAGAGUCUUUUUUCGCUUCCAUCUUGUGUUGCAAAGGUAGCCAUGAUAUUUGUUCAUUCCUUUUUGUUUGAAGUUUUUGUUUCUGUUUUCUGAGUGAGGCUUAUACUAUUUUUGGUUAAUAUUCAAAGGCACAGAAAAAGUAACAAAACUUUUUCAAAGUUCAUUAUUUAACACUUAAAUGAGAUAAACUUGUAUUAAUCUUAAUACUCUUGGUGAUGUGUGUCACCCUUGUGCGCACAUGGUUAACAUGUACGAGCUUUACUGCCGAGCUGUUUUAUCUCUGUACCGUUGGGAAGUUUUACAGUCUUUCACUUGCUAUCUGCUGAUGAUCGGAUUCUUUAUUUAAUUAAAGAGCUGCUCUUGCCUCCAAGAAACUAAAGGAUUUUUUUUUUUUUGCUUUGUUUUUUCCCUCCUUUGCUCCUCAUGUUUGUUCUUCAAACCAGUGCUUUGGAAGUAUGCAUGCAAGCCCAUAAAGGAAGACACAGCUCUUCUGUGUGUGUGUAGCCCUUGUCUCGUUGUCUGGCUACACCUGGGAAACACUUCCUCUACAGAGGUUUGUUUGGACUUGACACUUCACAUGCUCUUCAGAACAGAACGCUUCCGGCAAAACAGCCCCUUUGCCUGCCGGGAAGAGCAGCAGGGGCCGCGUUUGGCCCAGCGACAGCUAGUGUUUGUUUGAAAGUGAAUUUAAUAUACGUUGCACAACAUUAUGACUAGAGAUGUGCAAGACAUAAUCAAAGCAAAAGAAACUUCUAUUUUCAUGAAGAUAUUUUUUAUCAGUCAUUGCUCUCAAAUAUAAAUGAAAUUAUAAUAUAAAUUUCUGAAUGCCAUACUGUCUUGAUGCACUACCUGAUUUUUACUAUGUAGCAGUCAUUGAAAAGAAGCUAAAUUCCUCCUCCUCCUACGUGUAUUUCAAGAAAAUUUAAACUACCCCAAGUAGAAAAGAUGUGUAUUUUAAAGUGACAGUUUGCACAGGAAAAAGUCUGACUUUGUGCGUGUGAGACGGCUGUCUGGGUUAUGUGCGAGGGGUCACCGCCCACGCACCGUUCCUCCGUUUGGAAAGCAAGCUGACACCGUUCUCUGUGACUGGAAAAGGUCAGUGUUGGUACGAUCGAGGUAUAACCACUAUCAAUAUUUAGAAGUUUGAAAAACACCGUAAGCUGGCAUUGGAAGGAACACCGUAGUAGACUUUUUUGUAAAUUUAUUUUGUAUUUAACUAAAUACAGUAUAAAGGCUGGUGAAGUGUAAUAUAAUUGUGUAAACAAAUCCUGUUAAUAGAGAGAUGUACAGAUUUGUUUUGUACUGUAUCUUGAAACUUGUGAAAUAAAGAUUCCACCUCUGGUUAUCUUGUAUGCUA